CCCACCUGGAGACAUAUGAUGGCUCGGGUGACCCAGAUGAACAUCUGCACACCUAUCAAGCAAUCAUGAGAAUCCAAAAUGCCAAUGAUGCCAUGAUGCGCAAAGUGUUCCCAACGACACUGAAAUCAACAGCCAGGAGAUGGUAUCACAAGCUCCCCAGACAUUCUAUAGACUCAUACUCCCAGCUCGCUAAGCUAUUUUCUAACAAAUUCACGAGCCAGAGGGAGAUCAAACGCACAACAACCGAGCUGAUGCAAGUUAAUCAAAAAGAAGGGGAAUCUCUGAGGGACUACAUGCAGCGAUUCAACAAAGCCACGUUGGACAUUGAUAACGUCCCAGAUACCAUCUGCCUGUCCGCCUUGCUACAUGGUUUGAAACGUGGCAGGUUCCUGGACGACCUCCUAGAAAACCCACCGAGGACUUGGAAUGAAGUAAAUGACAGGUCGGCUAGCUUCAUAUUAUCAGAAGACUUCCAGUCGUCCAAGCGACGAGCUGACGAUAAGCAGAGCAAAAGCAAGGAACAGCCACCGAGAAGGGAAGAGAAGAAGAAACAGAAAGUUAGCGAACAGUGGGGGAAGCCCGCUGACUUCCCCAAGUAUGCCAACUACAUUCCUUUAACCUUGCCCAGGUCCCAAAUCCUGGCGCAAAUACAACAUUGGGUUAGAAGGCCCCCACCCCCACUGUAUGAGUCCCCAAAGGCAAACAAGAGCAAGCAUUGUGACUAUCAUCGUACUUACGGUCACAACACAGAAGACUGCCAACAUCUGAAGGAUGAGCUAGAGUUCCUGGCUCGCAAUGGGAAAUUAGAAGGAUAUGUUCAGAAGCCCCACACCCAGCAACCCACUCAAACUCAUUUUGUACAGGGGUAUGGCCGACCUCAGGGGCAGAGGUACCAGCUCGGCAUGGCGCAGGAUGUAUAUCAGGACAAUACAUAUCCUUCGGAGCAGGGCAGGGCGUAUAGAGGGCGUGGUGUUCAUUUUGGGGGCCAAAGUGCUCGAGCUCGCAAGGCAUUUGCCCGACAGGUGAUGACUGUCAACAAAAAUAAACCCUUGAAGCGGCCGUUUGAGGAAGCAGAAUGGGAGAAUAUGUCUAUCACAUUCAGCUCGGCAGAUUACAAGCGAGCAGAAGGAGAGCCUGACAUUAUGAUGCCCCAUGCAGAUCCCUUUGUGGCAACGGUUCAUAUAGGCAAUCAUAAUGUCAAUAAAGAUGUGUUUGCAUGGACUACAGAUGAAAUGCCUGGCGUCCCAGCAGAAUUGACAGUCCACAAGCUUAGCACAGACCCCACCAGAAGGCUGGUGGUGCAAAAACACCGCCUUUUUGGCCUCGAGAAGCAAGCUGUCAUAGAUGAAGAGAUACAAAAGCUGUUACAGGCAGGCUUCAUCAGGAGAGUGGAAUACUCUGAAUGGGUGUCCAACCCUGUGCUCGUCAAAAAGCCAAAUGGCAAGUGGAGGAUGUGUAUUGAUUUCACCAUCCUCAAUGACGCAUGUCCAAAAGACCCUCAUCCGUUGCCAAACGUCAAGAAGUUGGUAGAACGGGCAGCUGGGCACGAACGGAUGAGUUUUCUAGACGCCAGCUCGGGUUACCACCAGGUCCAGCUAUUGUUAGACGACCAGGAAAAAAUAGCUUUUUACGCUGGUGACGCAAUAUACUGCUAUGUCAUGAUGCCGUUUGGCCUCAAAAAUGCUGGAGCAACAUACCAGAAGCUGGUACAAAUCAUCUUUAAGCUCCAGAUCGGCAGAAACGUAGAAGUGUAUGUAGAUGAUAUGAUAGUCACCAGCGUGCGAGCUGAGGAUCACAUUGACAACCUGGAUGAAACUUUUCAAAACUUACAUCGAGCCCAAAUGAAGCUGAAUCCCUUGAAAUGCAUGUUUGCUGUAGAAUCAGGGAAAUUCCUAGGGUACGUGGUAUCCAAGAAAGGAAUCGAAGUAAAUCCAGAGAAGGUCCAGGCCGUUCAGCAGAUGGAGCCUCCCAAGACGGUAAAAGAUGUACAGCGUCUGACGGGUCGGGUAGCUGCGUUGCACAUGUUUAUAGCCAGAUCGGCAAAAAGGUGCCUUCCGUUCUUCAAAGCUCUGCAGGAGCCUAAAAACUUUCAGUGGACUGGUGAAUGUCAACAGGCGUUUGACGAGCUCAAACAGUAUUUGGCAUCCGCACCCCUGCUGUCCAAGCCUGUCGACGAGGAAUGUUUAUAUCUUUAUCUGGGGGUCACAGAAGAAGCGAACUACCCGCUAGCAGAAAAGGCUGCUUUUGCUUUGGUCUACACGGCUCGUAAGCUGAGAGCUUAUUUUCAGUCUCAUCAGAUCGUUGUCUAUACCGAUUUACCAUUGAGAAAAAUACUGCAGAAACCUGAAUUCUCUGGUCGGCUUAUUGGAUGGAGCGUCGAGCUGAGUGAAUAUGACCUGAAAUUUCGGCCACGCACAACCAUAAAAGGCCAGGCCGUUGCGGACUUUCUGGUGGAGUGCACCUCAAUAACUAACGAAGAAAAAGCACACAAACACCCAGUCUGGGUUUUGUAUGUUGAUGGAGCAGCUAACAUUGAAAGGUCGGGUGCUAGGGCUGUGUUAUUGGGCCCAGAUGGCUUUAAAUCUGAGCACGCGCUGAGGUUUAAGUUUCAAACGACCAAUAACGCUGCAGAAUAUGAAGCCCUCAUUUACGGACUAAAGCUGGCGUCCGAGCUGAAAGUACAAAGCAUUCAGGUUUUCAGCGACUCACAGCUCGUAGUGGGCCAGGUGAAUGGUAGCUGCGACAUGAGGGAUCCCCAGCUCAGUCGUUAUGCCUUUGUGGUCAACAGAUUGAAAUCGAUAUUUGCCAUUUUCCAAAUUGAUAAAAUACCAAGAGCAGACAACCACCGAGUUAAUGAGCUGUCAAAGUUGGCCUCCUCGCAGGACAUAACCCUUAGAGAUCAACAAUUGUCGAGCUGGACCACCCCGCUCAUAAAUUAUCUACAAAGUGGUGAGCUACCUGAAGACCAGUCCGCUGCAAAAGUGAUUAAACGCAGGGCAGCACAUUUCACUGUGUUAGAUAACCAGCUCUACAAGCGAGCAGCCUCAAUGCCUCUAUUACGCUGCCUUACUCCUUACGAAGUUGAAUACGCCGUAAGAGAAGUUCACGAGGAAGUAUGUGGCACGCACAUUGGUGGCAGAACUUUAGCUCGGAAACUCCUGAGGCACGGUUAUUACUGGCCUACUAUGGUCGACGACGCACAGAACUUUGUCAAAAGGUGCCCGACCUGCCAGUUCAAUGCUGAUGGUAUUCAUAUGCCAGGAGAAAUGCUCUCAUCACUCACGUCUCCUUGGCCUUUUGCUCAAUGGGGUGUUGACCUGCUCGGCCCUUUCAUCAAAGGCAAAGGAGGUUGCAUUUUCCUGGUCGUUGCAGUGGAUUACUUCACUAAGUGGAUAGAAGCCAAACCACUGUCCACGACAAUAGAAAGAAAAAUAGAAGAAUUCUUGUUCAAUUCAAUAUUGUGCAGGUUCGGCAUACCUAAGCGGAUUAUCGCCGACAAUGGGCCACAGUUCCGAGCAGCAGCAUUGAGGUCGUUUUGUAACGACUAUGGCAUUGAGCUCGCCUUGACAUCUGUGUACACUCCACAGUCCAAUGGGCAAGCCUACUUGGCCACAGGCGAAACCCUGUUCAGUCUGGCAUAUGGAGCUGAGGCUGUUAUCCCCGUCGAGGUCGGAUUGCCAUCAGAUAGAUCAGAUCGUCAUGACGAUCAGAAUAAUGAACAGCUCUUAAGAGAAAACCUAGACCUUGUGGAAGAAAUCAGGGAGAUGUCCCGAAUAAGAAACAUGGCACAUCAAAGUCGUGUUGCAAAAUUUUACAAUAAAAGAGUUCGAGCUCGCCAGUUUCAAGUCGACGAUCUGGUCCUACGUAAAGUUGGGCUAACUAACACCCAUUCGUACAUGGGCAAGCUCGCUCCUAAUUGGGAAGGCCCCUAUAUGGUUGUUCAAGUUAAACGACCUGGUUCUUACAUGUAAACAGAUAUGCAGGGACGUCAGUUGCCUUACAUUUGG